AUGGGUAUGAAUAGCCUGUUCUGGCGCUUCUGCGAAUGGUUCUAUUCGUUUCCCGAACCCCCUCCGCGUGUUCGAACUAAGCCUAUGGAAGUUCUGUGCGUUGGGUAUCCUCGUAGUGGGACUGAAUCGUUGCAGCAUGCCCUAUUAAUGCUCGGAUACGAUUAUACAUACCAUGUGCGACCCUAUCAAACCUGUUAUAUCCCUGUCUUCUCAGCUGGGCCGGAGGUUAUCACCUCUGGCUGGGAUAUCCUCUUCGAAGAACCCUUGAACAUUCAAGCCUGGGUCAGGCUCGCUCGCAAAAAGUGGCACAACCCACACGGUGACGGAGACUGCACCAUCACAGCAGCUGAAUUUGACGCACUGCUCGGCCAUAGCGUGGCUGUCACAGACGCUGCAGCAUCAUGUUUCGCCGCAGAAAUAAUUGCUGCCUAUCCCGACGCCAAAGUCAUUCUUAACGUUCGAGGCGACCUGGAUAAAUGGCAUGCAAGCGCCAUCAAGAAUCUCUGUCACGAGGUAGACGACAGCUGGGUUUUAUGGUUGUUUUCUUGGUUCAGCAGGAAGUUGUGGUGGAGUUGGCAUGUGUAUCAGCGGUUUCUUUUGAUGCGACUCUUCAGGUGCUCUGACUCUUCCUUGCAUUCGGGAUUGGGCAACUGCGGGAAGUGGAUAAAUCGAGAGCAUUCUGCGAUGAUCCGAGGCCUUGUUCCACCGGAGCGGUUGCUGGAGUGGAAAGUUGAAGACGGUUGGGAACCGUUGUGCAAAUUCUUAGGAAAGGAGGUUCCGCACGGCCAACCGUUUCCCAGAAGAAACGACUCGGCGGGGUUUCAGAAGAAAGUUGAAAAUGCGCUCCAAAGACAUAAAGAGACGGUUUUAAAAAAUUUGCUUCUUACCUUUACUUGUUUGGUGGCCGUUCUGGCGUUUGUGUGGCAGCUGGUGGGCUAG